AUGGCUCCUAAACAAAAGGCGCCCGUCUACAUCCUCGGCGUGGGCAUGACAAAGUUCAUCAAGCCCCGGGGCAAGGUCGACUACACGGAGCUGGGCUUCGAGGCCGGCGUCAAGGCGCUGCUGGACGCGCAAAUCAACUACGACGACGUCGAGCAGGGCAUCGCCUGCUACUGCUACGGCGACAGCACCGCCGGCCAGCGCGUCUUUUACCAGUUUGGCCUGACCAAGAUCCCCGUCUACAACGUCAACAACAACUGCUCGACGGGGUCGACGGGCAUGGCCAUGGGCCGCCAGUUCAUCGCCAGCGGCAUGAACGACUGCGUCAUGGUGGUGGGCUUUGAGAAGAUGAACCCGGGCAGCCUGCAGAGCUUCUGGAAGGACCGCGAGAGCCCGACGGGCACGUUUGUCAAGCAGAUGGCCGAGACGCGCGGCAUCACCAACGCGCCGGGCACCGCGCAGCUGUUUGGCAACGGCGGCAGGGAGUACAUGGAGAAGUACGGCGCCAGGGCCGAGGACUUUGCCGAGAUUGCGCGCGUCAACCACGCCCACUCGCCCAACAACCCGUACUCGCAGUUCCAGCAGGUGUACACGCUGGACGAGAUCCUGCAGUCGCCCACCAUCUACGAGCCCCUGACCAAGCUGCAGUGCUGCCCGACGUCGGACGGCGGCGCGGCGGCGAUUCUCGUCUCGCAGGCGUUUCUGGACCAGCAGCCGCACCUCAAGUCGCAGGCGGUGCUGAUCGCGGGCCAGUCGCUGGCGACGGACGGGCCGAGCCUGUUUUCGCGCAGCGACAUCAACCUGCUGGGCUACGAGAUGAUCCAGCACGCCGUCAAGGAGGCCACGGCCGAGGCGGGCAUCACGCCGCGCGACGUGCAGGUGGUGGAGCUGCACGACUGCUUCAGCACCAACGAGCUGAUUGUGAUUGACGCGCUGGGGCUCAGCGACAAGGGCAAGGCGCACGAGCUGGUGCGCAACGGCGACAUCACCUACGGCGGCAAGUAUGUCAUCAACCCGUCGGGCGGCCUCACCUCCAAGGGCCAUCCGCUGGGCGCGACGGGCAUUGCGCAGUGCGCCGAGCUGGUCUGGCACCUGCGCGGCUGGGCCAACAACCGCGCCGUGCCCAACACGAGGUUCGCCAUGGCGCACAACCUGGGGCUGGGCGGCGCCGUGGUGGUGACGAUUCUGAGGCGCGCGGAUGGCGAGGCUGCGGCCGUGGUGGACUCGGAGACGGUGGGCAAGGCGAACAAGUUGGGCUACAACCCGGCGGUGGAGGCAAAGGGCUUCACCAAGGAGCAGGCGGAUGAGGUGAUGAGCAAGACGGCGAGGAACGACUGGGCGCUGCAGGAGACGCGGGACAAGGUCGAGGCGCGGUUCUGA